AUGAAGAGCUCAAGUCAGAGAAAACUAAGAUCUCAAGAAAGAACUGGAGUCAAUGAAUCGCUAAUGACCCAGUUAACGAACGUGAACGAACAAUUAUCAACUCCUCCCACGGAAUCAUCGAAUUUACAAUCCCUAUCAUCUGAUACUUCCGAAUCAAGUUUUUUUAUCAAUCAUUCAAGCAGUUCAUAUAUUAGCUUCUCUCGUUCAUCUUCGCUUUCAUUAUCCAGAGGAAAUUCAUUUAUCGGUACGGAAUCUAUACACUCCGCUAACAACAGAUCGCGUGCAACGUCUCCCUUCGUGAUCUCGGAAACUUCUUCGGGUCGUCUUCAUUCCGAAUCUACCCGUUCAUCAGUCUCAUCCGCCAAUCAAUCUUAUGUUUCAGUUUUAAAUGAUGAAAAUUCUUUUCAUGGAGAUAACUGUUCAAAACCUUUCGAAGAAUCGGGACCUUUUAGACAACCACCAGCUGCUCAACGUCUAGAAAGUUUAUCUGUUAAACAAGAUGAAUCCGAAACGAGACCGAAUAUUGAAAACAAUGACGUACAAGUACACUUUGAAGAGAUAAGACAGCAUUCGGGAUUUCUUCGUCAUAUCUUGAAUCAUGCGCAUUUGACCUUGCAAGGAAUCUUCAAUGUGAUGAUUUGGAUGUUCUUGAAAGUAUAUAGAGUCACUUUAAAAUAUUUCUUUGAACCCGUUUGGAAUAAAUUUAGAAUUAUUGGCGCGACAAUAGGAUUGGGCGAAAGUAUUGUAACAACAAGAACAAUAACUAUGAUAGACGCGAACCAAAGUACUGAUCAUAACUCAACAAUGAUGACAAGUGGUAAUGAUGCUGGUAGGACGCGAUCGAACCUGGUCAAAUGGUUAAUUUUGUCCGCACGUGAUAAUUGGAUGGUAUAUGCGGUGAUAAUGAUGAUUGUUAUGCUUAUUCCUUGUAACGUGACAAAUUUUCAAAACUUGGAAUUUUCAGAAUGUAUACCAAAAUUUAAUCAUAUAUUUCGAAGAUAUAGCGAUCUACAAAUCUCAAUGUUUUAUAGAUUUGAUUCUUUAAAUAAUGAUAUUGAAUUCGAGCAAAAUGAUACUUUGAUUCGAGAUGUUGUCGCUAAUCAGGUUAAAACAGUGUGCGCAGCCGAAGUUCAAAAGAGAAUUCCAUCACAGAAUAAUGAUUUGGUUAAAUAUCGAAGUAAUCAGGUAUCAGAAGGUCUUGUUGUGGAUAUGGUACGACAAGAAAUUAGAAAAGCCGUGGAAGAAAUGUUAUACACUUAUUCUCAAGAUAAAUUAAACAAAGCUGAUUUUGCACUCUCAACCGGUGGCGCAAAGAUUAUUAGUCCACUAACUACACCUACUUAUGAGCAAUGGCCAUCACAAUGGUAUGGGGUAGCGUUGGCAAAGCUAACAGGACAUGGAAUUACAAGGGGUAAACCACCUGUCACAGCUCUUCAACCAGAUACACACGUUGGACAAUGUUGGCCAUUUGCCGGACAAAAAGGACAAUUGGCUGUAUUGUUGAGUCGCCAAAUCUAUGUAACCGCCAUAACUUAUGAUCACGUUAGUAAAUCUAUUGCAAUGGGUACAACAAGUGCCCCAAAGGAAUUUGAAGUUUGGGGAUUUGCUGAUGUUGAUUCAAAUGUACCGUCAGAUCAUAAGUCAGAUCAUAAUUCAAAUGAUGAUCACGCUGAAUAUAUCAGCUCCGUCACCAGUAGUAGCAAAAGUUAUCCCACUAUUGAACCAGUUUCAAACAUUCUCGCAUCUAGUCAUUUACAUUUAUUUGGAAGAGAUCUGAAGCUUGGUUCUUCUUCUAACCAUUUGUUUUUGGGACGGUUCGUUUAUGAUGUAAACGGCACACCCAUUCAAACUUUCGAGGUAAAUCGAUGGAAUAAGCCUAUUCGCGCGAUAAUAAUGAAAGUGAACAGUAAUUGGGAUAAUCCAUUAUAUACUUGUUUAUAUCGAUUCCGUGUACAUGGUAUACGCCCGGAUAUAAAUAAAGAAACUUCUUGA